AUGAUACUGAGUCAAAGGAAUGGGAUAACUAUUCGCCUCAUGGAGGAGAGCGACUACCCAAUCGUGAAAGUUUUUAUGAGGGACUACUUUCAUUACGACGAGCCUAUGGGAAUAGGUCUCGAAGAGCAAAUUCAUCUUCUAAAUGAGGAAGAAGCUGACGAAGGAUACCUUUCGGUGAUUAGCCAAGGGCUUUCCUUGGUAGCGUUCGACGAGAACAAGGGGGGACUCCUUGUGGGCAUUGCUCUGGCCGAAAGAAUGGACCCCAGCAUACUGGCCAAACAACAUAGGGAAGCCGAGGAAAUGGAGCAAAAUGCUUUGGGUCGAAGCAGGCAGAUGAUAGCCCAAGUGGAGCGCGAUGCCAACAUCUUCGAACGCUGCAGUGUCCGCAUAUAUCUGAACUUAGUGGCCGUCUCCGUUCACUCCUCGAUGAGGGGAAGAGGUCUUUUGUCCCACCUCGCCGUCACUCUAAUGAACCUGGGUCGCUCCAGGGAAUUCCCCCUUCUGAUUGGCAGCACCAGUUACUACUCCGCCAAGCAGGCCAUGGAAGGCUUGGGAAUGAAGUGCAUUCACUCGCAGGCCUAUGCCGACUACAAAGACGAUCAAGGCCGACCCAUAUACAAUCCACCAGCACCCCAUACUCAUGUCCGGGUCUUGGCUAGUAAGCUUUAA